AUGAAUGAGAGCUCUCCAGAGCCAAGUCCCACAAUGGCGCCAAGUAAUAAAGAACCAGAUGACUCUGUUCAGAGUGUAGAAAUUCAAGGAGUUCCUACUGACAAUCCAAAUCGUACCCUUAGUGACUUGUUUUCUACAAACACAACUGCAAGUGGGGAUGUGGAAGGACAUAAUUUCUUUGAUUCCAUUUUUGCACCAAGUGCAACUGACCCUUUUGCUGAAGUAGCACAACAAAGUUUGCAGUCGAUGACAGAAGUGCCAGCAAUGACCACAGAAGAACCACCAUCAGAAGGCCAGCCAACACAGGAACCUGCCCCUCCUCCUCUGGAGCCUUUGGAGCUGAAUACCCAGGAAGUUUCUGACACAGAAUCACAGUUUUUGCAGUCUGAAGGGCAUGUUUCUCCACUUGCACCAUUUCCAAGCCAAAUCAACCAAGGCUUUGCACAUCCAGCAAAUGUAGUGUCAAACACUGACCAUUCAACUCCCAGACCUAAUUUGCUGGAUGUAAAUAUUUCCCAGACCACAAAGCCUCCAUCUGCACCACCAACUCCUGAAGGGGAGUGUGUGAAGAGAAAACAAACUGAAGCUGAAAGACGGCACUCAGCAUGGAUUUGCAAUCCACAAACCAAGCAGUUUCUUGUUACCAUUGGCUCAGGAAUGUUGAAUCCAGCAGAUGUGGGUCAGCAGUUCUUAACCUCCCCAGGGCUGGUUAUUGAAUCUCCCCAGGUAUUGCAUCUUCACUCACANUCAAAGUAUUCUCCCUUUGGUCAUCAAUUUAGUAAUUCUCAUAACCUUUACUCUUGUUGAUCUGCUGAUGUUGUUAGGAGAAAAUUGAUGUUGGACACUCUUGGGACCUAAAGGGUUAAUUUUUUAAAAAAUAUAUCUCUGACUACAUGUAUGGGUGCUGCAGCAACAUUCUCGGUGCUCUUCUAUAUAAAAUCUUUGUUUUUAAACUUUGAGUAUUGAUGUGGUAAUAGAAUCAAAGUGUUCUAUGUGGCAUCACAAUAUGAGAACACUUUUGAAGGGAAAAUAAUUAUGCAAGGGAUCUUUAAACUCCAGCCGUCAAUAACACACAAGGAUUGCAUAACUGUUAGAAUGUGACCAAAACUAACCGACUUAAACUGACUUGGCUCAUUCCUUGUAUGGCAGGUUUGGUUCUGCAGAAUAGCUUUGCUGUUCAAACUUCAGAUGUUCAGCACAGCUGAGGUUGAGUUAGAGGCAUUUGGCAGCUUUAACCAACCUGAUCUGUAUUAUGAGUUUUAUCCCGACACAUACCCUGGCAGGAAAGGUGAGUUUUGAAAAUUAAUGUAAAGGAUAAAAUAAAUGAAUGUUUUUUGAGAAGAGUGGCAUUUGAAAGUCAUAUGCUGGAUGUUGGUGCAUCCCUAGAUGCAAGGCCAUUGGAUCUCCCUCCAUGUAGCAUCCAUAAUUCGGUACAACACUCUGGUACGCUCUUUUUUAUAAGAAUGUAUUAAUUUGGAAUGUUGAGGCUGCAAUUUGCGACAUUCUAAGAAUAUUUAAAGAAUAAACCCCAGACUGAGAUUUUGAAAAGGAUAUAAUUUUGCAUGUUGAAAAUCAGUGAAUACAAUACAGUUAUACGUUUUUAACUUAUUCCUUUCUCUAAACAGCAAAACUAGCUUACAAAACGAAAAGUCUGCACUUACUGUAAUUGAUAUUGAUGUUGAUAUCGAUUCUAAAAAGGAAAUGUUAUAAGCUAUAAUUUAAGAAUACUACAAGAAUAUUUUCAGCCUAAAAUCGGCAGAAAAUAAGAAUAUUCAGCCUGGGGUGAAAAAAAAAAUCUUAUAGGAGAAAAAAGAGUGUAAUGAGUGUCAUUAGCGUCAAAAUAUUAAGCACUGCUUUUAAAGAGUUAACCAUUGAUUUUAAAGGUGAAACAGGCAGAUACUUUCCAAUCAAUAAAAGGAAAAUCCAAUAAUGAAAUGCCAAAUAUGUCCAAGCACUGUAUCUAAUAUUUUAUACCAUGUACUGCUGGUAUCUAUAAAAAAACAUCUAUGCCAUUGUAAGUGACAUUUAGGAAACUACAUGAGGUAAAAGACUAAACCCCAAGCCACUGCCUAAAGAUCCUGUUUUCUACUGAAUUUUUGAUCUUAUUUUAUCCAUCCUCCUUUUUUCUGACUCAUUUUUUUACUGUAGUUGUUCCGUUCUUUUACAUUUUUUAUUUUUAUAGGCUUGAGACUGUUAGCCAAAAGCUAAUACCAAUCUAAGUGAAUUUUUUUGUUGUUGUUGUAAGAGUACAUGUAUGCAUGAACAGUAAGAUGUGACAGUGAAACAGUUCCUUUAAAUUUGACUCUUUCCUUUUUAGGAUCCAUGGUGCCAUUUUCAAUGCGGAUCUUGCAGGCUGAGCUUCCACAGUACAUGGGUAGACCAAGGGAUGCUUUGGAUAAUCUGUAUGUGCUGCAAAGGACAUGCUCUCAGGUGCAAGAAAACUUGCUGCAGAAUUUAACUGAGGAUGGAAGCCAGGGGGAGAUGACACCUGAAUAUAAGAUGGGUAAGCCGAUGCUUAAUGUUUUUUGUUCGGAUUAAAUGUAUCGUCUUGAUUUACUAUCAAAUAUAUAUGUUACAGGUCAAAUUUGAUUUCAAAAUAAUUUUGAUUUAGCCUAGGUUGAUUCUCAAUUUCCAAUGUCUCCUAGCCCUAGAAAAAAAAAAGGAAGAGGGUUGUAAAGGCAUGUUCGCGAUUUUAUGCACGCAUUUCUUCAUUGCUUAUCAAGCCAGGAUUACAAAGCCAAAUCCGGAGCUAUCGAUGUGAAUCAACGUUUUUUGGUUAUUGAAUCAAAUUUCUGUUGAUAAUAUUUGAAGAACAUUUUUUCAUAUUUAUAAAACUAUUUAUAAAACUAUUUAUAACAUAUAACUUUACAGCGCUCUAUUAAUUUUAAUCUCAAUAAUUUUAUAGCAAUACUAAAACCAUAAACUGGUGCAUGUCGUCGCGGCGUGAAGUCUUAAGUAGAAUCCUAGCGCUAUUACAAAGGAAGACGUUAAUUGAAACAAAAAAUCGCAUAUGAAAAUGUUUAAAACGGCACUAUUCGACUGUGCGAUCAAUGAAAAAUGUUGCGGUGUUGACGGAGGACGGGGUAUUUGCCCUCUUUUUUCGUCCCCACCCUAGAUCCGCUAGCAGAGCAAGAAAAAAAAAAGGGAGUUCCUUAAUUUCCCAGUUAUUUUAAAAUGCUCCGGCCCUGUUAAUCGAAGCGGCGACCUCCCGCUCUGCAGUCAAGCGCGGCUCUACCGACUGAGCUAAUCCUGCUGCAGUUAAGUAGACAACAUCCAUCGAAUAAUUCUUGCAGUUUUUCCAUUCAGUUUAGUAAAAAAUUCAGCUAUUUCGUCUUGGAAUAGCCCUGAAUGCCACUUUUUGUAGUUCACUAUUGCCCAAGAAGCCUCGUUUCCAAUCAAAUAUACCGUCGAUCAGCCUUGUUUCCAGUCCACCGAAUCGAUGGUAUGUUGCCCCCAUCUUCCAAAUAUGGUAAGCGCCAAUUGGUUAUGAAGGAUUAGCUGGGGGAUUACAGUCAAUCAGAAACGGCGAAAUAUUUUGAACGAAGAUUAAUGUUACUAAUAAUUCAAAUGGCAAUUAAUUUUCAGCUGCUAUUGAGCUGUGGGUCGCCAGAGAAGUGCGAGUUCUUUAUUCAAUAGGAAACUGUUUCCUUGGAAUGAAGGUGAGGUGAAAUACCACUGGUGCUACGAUGAGGGGUUGCUGCUGUUCAGCCUAGAAUGAAGUAUAGAAGAGUCCCAACCAGUUUAAUUUUCGGAAUCUGGGACUUAAAGUUACUUGAAGGCCGGGAUUCGGGAUUUUUUAGUUAAACGAGAUUCGGUCAUGUUGUUUUAAGAAACCGAAAUUCCAUGAGAAAAGUCAACUGCCUUUUCUGCAAAUUUUGAGAAAAAAUCGCUUUGCUUCCCUUCUGUCGCGCGUGUUUUUGCCCCACUAUCUGCCACUGGUUCUUCAAAGCUGAGGUCAUCUGAAGCAACUGUUACGCCACGUUCAAGCCAAUUUGAGAAUUAUUGUCGUAAUCACGAAAAUUUGAACAACCCCGGUGGGACAUGGACUGGGGCGUUUCAUGACUUCGGUCAGAUCGGCCGCUAAGGAGACUACCGCGUAGACUCUCCCACAAGUCGAGCUUAAUAUUUUUCUCGAGCGCAAAGCCCGAAAACCGAAAACGAGAAGCGAGGAAGUCUAACUACCGCGUAAAGAAGCCAAUUCUAGAAUAGCGUUCCCGCAGUGAUUGAGGAAAACAAAGAAAAUCACUCUCGCUAAGGAGUUUUUAGAAAUCAGAUACUCGUGACUUCUUUUCAACUUUUUUUCUUGGUGUCUGGAGUUUAGAUGAAACAAUCUUUCUCCUCAUUUAUACAUCACAGGUCUUCUACAUCACAUACCAUAUACAUUGUCAGUUUUUUGUGGGGGUGGUGGUGGGAGCGAAAGGGGGGUUGUUGGGUAAUUUUGACACCUUGAUGGGCAUUGACUCUAUGUUACAAUUGAAUCAAUUUCACUGGAAACCUGGAAACUAGAAACCUCUUUCCUGGAUCUGAUCUGGACCCCGUUUCUCGAAAGGCCCGGGAACUUUUCAGGCCCGAAGGCAAAUUUUAAAAUUUAAACUUGUUCAGUAGCACAGUUCCUAGCUCACAAACCCGUCAAUUUUGUUUCGUUAACUGAUAGUUUGAAAAUUAUUGAAACUUUGAUCUUCAACGUAAACGCGGCAAACAUAAAUCAGCUUUUCGGACCCGAAAAGUUACCUGGACUUUCGAGAAACUGGUCCCCAAAUUGAUUUGAUGCACGGUUUCAUCUGCCUAUGUUUUUUUCCUUCUAGGAUUACAGCCUGGCGGUUGCUGUGUUUGAGUCUAUCAUGGCUAGGGAUCCUUCCUCCACUUUCAGCAUGUUAUCUGGAAUAGGAAGAAUUUACCUACAAGUGAGCCACUCUUAGAUAGUUAAAAUGGAGAUCAAGCAACCACCACGGCAACGGCAACGGCAACGGCAACGGCAACGGCAACGGCAGCGAAAACUACGCUUUUCGCGCUGUUUAAAACUUCAUCGCCUUUAUUCCAACUCUUUUAAUUUGUCAAAUGUUGGUGAUUCUUUUCUGGAAUUAAAUUCUAAAGGACUGGACUGUAUCUAAGUUCACAAAGAGAAAAAGAAAAUUGUUGUCUUGUGAUCACGUCCUCAAAAAAAAAAAACCGUGAAUUUAGGCGGGAGUGCAACGACGGCAAAGAAAUGUACCAAAAAAAGCGCCCUGUGAUGCACGUGCAAAGUUUUUGUUUUGCUAAAUUAAACCUAAUAUGGGACUCUGGCCUUUUUUGCCGUUAUCUUUGCCGUUGCCGUUCGCCGUCGUCGUUGCCGCUUAAUCUUCCUCUGACUAGCGAAAAGAGUCUCCUAGAAACUACAGUAUAAAGUGAAGUACAGAGUCGAAUGAAAUGAAAUAGUCUAACAUAUAAUAUAAGAGUUUGGCGUUUUUAUUCGAAUGAGAUUCAGAGGUUGAAAACCGCUCAUCUCAACUGAAACGAAAUGCAAAACUUUCCAUUUUGCUUUCGUUAAGUUUAUGCCAACAUGAAGAUCGUUCGCUUUUUUUAUGUAAACGAAAGAUGCUUUUUCCACUACGAGUUUUAAAAUUUUGUGGUAACAUACACCGAUCAAUACCCUCAACAGUUUUGGAGGAUUUCCAGUCGCCUAAUUUAUAGAAACCCCGUUUCUCUUUUAGCUUGGAGACUUGGACGCCGCACAAAGCUACUUUAAGCAAGUGGAAUCAAAGGCCACAGGAGAUCCAAAGUCUCUCAGCAGCGUGGUCAUGAAUAAGUAAGAGUAUGCUAAGAAAAGUUUAUCUCUGAUGCGUAUCGUCCUCCCAUACAAAGGAACCAACUCAGUGCUUGGAUUGGCAAAUACAGUUAUUUGUUUGAAUUUGUCCAGCAAAGCGUAGUCCCCGUUCACACGUGCGCGUCUCCAGAUAUUUUUGAAAACGGAGAUUUUUUUUUUUCUCCGUUUUAGCCUUUCGUCCACUCGUAAACGGCGUUUUCCAGCACCAGCGGAAAAUACCAUAAUAUUCUUUAACCUGCCAUUUAACUAGUGCUUCAUGUAAACCUUUCUUGUGCAGUAUUUUUUGUUGUUUGCACGAACUGUUCGUGCAGUGUAUGCAAAUUUACGAGACGCUGAUGCAUUGCACGUGCAAAUCGUGCAGAGAAUAAAAGAUAUUGAAAAAGUCGGGGUUUACAUGAAGUACCACCCAAACAGGAAUUUAAAGAAUAUUAUGGUAUUUUCCGCUGUGGCCAAUUUGAUAAAAAAUUUUACAAGGGUGGCUGUUGAAUUCAGACUCUAAAACAAAAGCUACACUAGCAAAUUACAUUUGUAAAAGGUUUAUUAAAUUAACCCCUGAUUGGUUGAGAAAAUGCCUCGUCCACUCUAAUGCGUUUUCGUUUGAAAACGCAUACAUCUCGAUGCGUUCAGGUCUUCCAUCCACACUAAUACGCUGAGAGUUUUCUGAAAGUGGAUCAAAAUGAAAUCGCAUACAUAUCGUAUUAGUUUGGACGGUCGAAAACGGUAAAAAACGCAUCAAAAUGAAAAUGAUGAGCAUGCGCAUAGUGUUCAACUUACGUCACAACGUGCAAUUCUAUCAUUCUCGAACGUUUUAGUGUGGACAGCUGGAAACGUAUAAAAAUUGUAGUGGGGAAGCUAAUCGGUCGAUGUGUUUUCGAUGAUAACGAAAACGCAUUAGUGUAAACAGGGCCUUAGUUUCGCCAAUACAUGAUUCCACAGCAAUGCAAAAUAAAAUCAAUAUUUAAUGAACCCCCCAUCCCACCCCUCAAAGCGCAACAGUACAUAACCAACAAAUGACAAAUUCUUAUAAAAUGUUUAUAUUUUAUGUAUCGAUCGCCGCAAAUAUAUUUAUUCAUUAUUAUCUUUUUCAUCCUGUCUUGCUUUCCAGAGGUUUGUUGGCUCUGUCUGCUGGAUUAUUUGACGAAGCUCAUAGACAUUUUAUAGCCUCUACGAAGUUAGAUCCCAAUAAUUCCGUGGUAAGUGCUUGGCCUGCUCUUUAAGACUAUCUGCCGUCUAGAGUUGGUCUGAAGAAAAGUUGCCUUAAUUUUGUUUUUUUGCGUCUUUGUUUUUGCACACAGGCUGUCAAUAAUGUAGCUGUUUGUCUACUUUUUCUCGGAAAACUAAAGGAGGUAAGUAGAUAGCUUUAAAGGUAUCAGUAAGUUGAGUAUUACAGUAGUUAUUUGCAAGCUUGUGUCAAUAAUACUAGGUUGGUCCCCAAAUUGAUUUGAUGCACGGUUUCAUCUGCCUAUGUUUUUUUCCUUCUAGGAUUACAGCCUGGCGGUUGCUGUGUUUGAGUCUAUCAUGGCUAGGGAUCCUUCCUCCACUUUCAGCAUGUUAUCAGGAAUAGGAAGAAUUUACCUACAAGUGAGCCACUCUUAGAUAGUUAAAAUGGAGAUCAAGCAACCACCACGGCAACGGCAACGGCAACGGCAACGGCAGCGAAAACUACGUUUUUCGCGCUGUUAAAAACUUCAUCGCCUUUAUUCCAACUCUUUUAAUUUGUCAAAUGUUGGUGAUUCUUUUCUGGAAUUAAAUUCUAAAGGACUGGACUGUAUCUAAGUUCACAAAGAGAAAAAGAAAAUUGUUGUUUUGUGAUCACGUCCUCAAAAAAAAACACGUGAAUUUAGGCGGGAGUGCAACGACGGCAAAGAAAUGUACCAAAAAAAGCGCCCUGUGAUGCACGUGCAUAGUUUUUGUUUUGCUAAACUAAACCUUAUAUGGGACUCUGGCCUUUUUUGCCGUUGUCGUUGCCGUUCGCCGUCGUCGUUGCCGCUUAAUCUUCCUCUGACUAGCGAAAAGAGUCUCCUAGAAACUACAGUAUAAAGUGAAGUACAGAGUCGAAUGAAAUGAAAUAGUCUAACAUAUAAUAUAAGAGUUUGGCGUUUUUAUUCGAAUGAGAUUCAGAGGUUGAAAACCGCUCAUCUCAACUGAAACGAAAUGCAAAACUUUCCAUUUUGCUUUCGUUAAGUUUAUGCCAACAUGAAGAUCGUUCGCUUUUUUUAUGUAAACGAAAGAUGCUUUUUCCACUACGAGUUUUAAAAUUUUGUGGUAACAUACACCGAUCAAUACCCUCAACAGUUUUGGAGGAUUUCCUGUCGCCUAAUUUAUAGAAACCCCAUUUCUCUUUUAGCUUGGAGACUUGGACGCCGCACAAAGCUACUUUAAGCAAGUGGAAUCAAAGGCCACAGGAGAUCCAAAGUCUCUCAGCAGCGUGGUUAUGAAUAAGUAAGAGUAUGCUAAGAAAAGUUUAUCUCUGAUGCGUAUAGACCUCCCAUACAAAGGAACCAACUCAGUGCUUGGAUUGGCAAAUACAGUUAUUUGUUUGAAUUUGUCCAGUAAAGCGUAGUCCCCGUUCACACGUGCGCGUCUCCAGAUAUUUUUGAAAACAGAGAUUUUUCUCUCCGUUUUAGCCUUCCGUCCACUAGUAAACGGCGUUUUCCAGCACCAGCGGAAAAUACCAUAAUAUUCUUUAACCUGCCCUUUAACUGGUGCUUCAUGUAAACCUUAUUUUUGCAGUAUUUUUUGUUGUUUGCACGAACUGUUCGUGCAGUGUAUGCAAGUUUACGAGACGCUUAUGCAUUGCACUUGCAAAUCGUGCAGAGAAUAAAAGAUAUUGAAAAAGUCGGGGUUUACAUGAAGUACCACCCAAACGGGAAUUUAAAGAAUAUUAUGGUAUUUUCCGCUGUGGCCAAUUUGAUAAAAAAUUUUACACGUGUGGCUGUUGAAUUCAGACUUUAAAACAAUAGCUACACUAGCAAAUUACAUUUGUAAAAGGUUUUUUAAAUUAACCCCUGAUUGGUUGAGAAAAUGCCUCGUCCACACUAAUGCGUUUUCGUUCCUCAGUGAAAACGCAUACAUUUCGAUGCGUUCAGGCCUUCCUCCACACUAAUACGCUGAGAGUUUUUUGAAAGUGGAUCAAAAUGAAAUCGCAUACAUAUCGUAUUAGUUUGGACGGUCGAAAACGGUAAAAAACGUAUCAAAAUGAAAACGAUGACCGAAAAUAUCACAGGUGCGCGCGCGUAGAGUUCAACUUACGUCACAACGUGCAAUUCUAUCGUUUUCGAACGUUUUAGUGUGGACAGCUGAAAACGUAUCAAAAUGGUAGUGGGGAAGCUAAUCGGUCGAUGUUUUCGAUGAUAACGAAAACGCAUUAGUGUAAACAGGGCCUUAGUUUCGCCAAUACAUGAUUCCAUAGCAAUGCAAAAUAAAAUCAAUAUUUAAUGAACCCCCCAUCCCACCCCUCAAAGCGCAACAAGACAUACCCAACAAAUGACAAAUUCUUAUAAAAUGUUUAUAUUUUAUGUAUCGCCGCAAAUAUAUUUUUUCCUUAUUAUUUUUUUCAUACUGUCUUGCAUUCCAGGGGUUUGUUGGCUCUGUCUGCUGGAUUAUUUGACGAAGCUCAUAGACAUUUUAUAGCCUCUACCAAGUUAGAUCCCCAUAAUUCCGUGGUAAGCACUUUGCCUGCUCUUUAAGACUAUCUGCCGUCUAGAGUUGGUCUGAAGAAAAAUUUCCUUAAUUUUGUUUGUUUGCGUCUUUGUUUUUGCACUUAGGCUGUCAAUAAUGUAGCUGUUUGUCUACUUUUUCUCGGAAAACUAAAGGAGGUAAGUAGAUAGCUUUAAAGGUAUCAGUAAGUUGAGUAUUACAGUAGUUAUUUGCAAGCUUGUGUCAAUAAUACUAGGGCGCUUUUCAUUCAACCCAAAAUUCCCGAAGUUUUAGUUGGUACGUCGAAUGAAACGGACCAUUUCGGUUUGGUCCGACCGGAAUAUUCGGGACCAGCUUUGAAGGUGGUCCUCUUUGACCGGUCUGGUCAUUUCGGUCGGUCGGACUGAAAUGUCCCUUUCCAUUUGACCAAAUUGUUCCGCUCUUUUGUAUCCUAGACUACGAGUAGUCCCCCAUUUUUUUCAGGGAUAGGAGAGCGUGCGAAACGCGAGCACGCGUGAAAAUCACCCCACGCGAGAAAAGGCGACCCGCCGCGUGUCGCCUUUUCUCGCCUGGGGUGAUUUUUCAAGCGCGCUCGCGUUUCGCUCGCUCUCCUAUCCCUGAAAAAAUUGGGGGACUACUCGUAGUCUAUUGUAUCCUGCUUACAAGAGCAAUAACCAAACGCGCGGUGGCUUGGGUCGGGUCUGUNAGGCUGUCAAUAAUGUAGCUGUUUGUCUACUUUUUCUCGGAAAACUAAAGGAGGUAAGUAGAUAGCUUUAAAGGUAUCAGUAAGUUGAGUAUUACAGUAGUUAUUUGCAAGCUUGUGUCAAUAAUACUAGGGCGCUUUUCAUUCAACCCAAAAUUCCCGAAGUUUUAGUUGGUACGUCGAAUGAAACGGACCAUUUCGGUUUGGUCCGACCGGAAUAUUCGGGACCAGCUUUGAAGGUGGUCCUCUUUGACCGGUCUGGUCAUUUCGGUCGGUCGGACUGAAAUGUCCCUUUCCAUUUGACCAAAUUGUUCCGCUCUUUUGUAUCCUAGACUACGAGUAGUCCCCCAUUUUUUUCAGGGAUAGGAGAGCGUGCGAAACGCGAGCACGCGUGAAAAUCACCCCACGCGAGAAAAGGCGACCCGCCGCGUGUCGCCUUUUCUCGCCUGGGGUGAUUUUUCAAGCGCGCUCGCGUUUCGCUCGCUCUCCUAUCCCUGAAAAAAUUGGGGGACUACUCGUAGUCUAUUGUAUCCUGCUUACAAGAGCAAUAACCAAACGCGCGGUGGCUUGGGUCGGGUCUGUGCAACCGGAAUGUACCGUUCCACUGAGCACGUGACAUUUCCGAAAUUUUAAACCGGAAUUUUUGUUGAAUGGAAAGCGCCCCUAAAUAUUAGAGAUUAAGGCUAUGUUCGCACAUAGUAAGCAGAGGAGACUGGUUAUCAACGCCGGCAAUAAUUCGCACUAUAUCCGGAUAGCUUCAGCGCCGGCACGAAAGCAAUACCGGAUAGGGCCUCUGUUCACACAAGAACGGUUGUUUCGGCGCGAUUUCUGUAACAGGGCGAAGUUGCGCCACAUUUCGGUGGAGUGUUAACAGGUACCGCAGCGGAAGAACCCACUGAGAGGGAAGUAAAUAUUCAGGAGUGAGGGCUGGGAUUAAGUGCACCAAACCCUCUCGGUCAACCGCUCCUGCACGAUGUUGAUCGAUUUUCGAUGUGUGUGAACGACUUGUUUCUGUUUCGGGCCGUUGCUGUUCAUAAUAUUCCGGAUAGCUUUUCGUGUCGACACGAGAAACUAUCCGGAAUAAUAUAGACAUAGCCUCGGAAUCACGUCUACACGAAACGGUAAACGGACGGUCAGAUUUUAGUUGGCACUCUUUCCAAUUAGGCAGUAUGCAGGUAAAAACUAUCCCAAAUUAUUCUUACGGAUGAACCUUACAUGAAACUACCAUCUUUCUGUAGAUGUAAUACAGUAAACGAUAAGUUGCGGAAAAACCUGGUCAUGUGGUACAAACUGACGCUUGCCGUUUGCCCAAAACGUGAUGAUUUAGUUUGGAAACACCCCACUAACCAAUCAGACGUGUAGUCAGUCGUCACGUGUGCGAUGAUUUUCCCGCGCCUCACGCUGGGAGCAAACGUCUGUUGCUCGUCUGUUUUGUGUUCUGCAAUCUACUCUUGCAUACACUAUUACACUUUGCUAGUUUUUAACUUGACGUUGUAUUGUACUAUCCUUCAGGCGCUUGCGUUGCUGGAGAGAAUAAUUUGGGCGGAUCCUACAACGAAUCUACAAGAAGGACUGCUCUUCAAUCUAUGCACCAUUUACGAACUGGAAUCCUCCUACAGCCUUCAGAAAAAGCAAAAACUCUUAGAGUUUGUGUCGAAACAUCGAGGAGACGGUUUUAAUAUUUCCUGCCUCAAGAUACCUUGA